AUGUCUCUCUUCCGCAGCAUCCCUUCCGCUGGUGAAUUCGGCCCUCUCUUCCGUCUCCUGGACGACUAUGACCUCCACCGCUCCGGCCAGGGCGCCAGCUCCUCCACCACCACCGCCCGCUCUUUCGCGCCUCGCUUCGACGUCCGCGAGACCGCAGAGGGCUACCACCUCGACGGCGAGCUGCCCGGCAUUGCCCAGAAGGACGUCGACAUUGAGUUCUCCGACCCCCAGACUCUCGUGAUCAAGGGUCGCACCGAACGCGAGUACCACAACUUCGACGAGAGCGAGGAGGGCCAGCAGGGCCAGCAGGGCCAGCAGGAGACCACCACCCAGGAGAACAAGGACAAGGAGAAGGCCACCGAAAGCACGGAGGUCUCCAAGACCGGCGACAAGCAGGUCGGCAAGAACCACAAGAACAAGCCGCACUUCUGGGUCAGCGAGCGCUCCAUCGGCGAGUUCCACCGCACUUUCAGCUUCCCCACCCGCGUCGACCAGGACAGUGUCAAGGCCAGCCUGAAGAACGGCAUCCUCUCCAUCUUCGUGCCCAAGGCCGCCAAGCCCACUUCCAAGAAGAUCACCAUUGAGUAA